AUGUCCCUCGUUUGUCUCCUGUACGCUUUGGUGGCUCUUCAAGGUUUCAUUGUGAUCCUGCAUUUCACGGGAAAAGGCUACAUCAUUUCUCUCAUUUUCGAGCUCACCUUCCUUUCUUUCCGCGUUUUGAUUUCCUUUUCACAAUCGGCUUUUAGGUGGGUUUUGCCACCAAGAAAGAGCCUUCAUGGAGAGCUUGCUUUGGUAACAGGAGCAGCAAGUGGUAUUGGUCGACUGAUUUCUCUUCGUUUGGCUGAGAAAGGUUCGUUGUUUUUUUUUUAUUAUUAUUAUUAUUAUUGUUGAUGUUCGUAUUAAAAGUUAAAAGUAAACUCAAUAAUAUUGUCACGACUUCUUCUCGGUUUGUGGCUUAGCUGCUCACGAAGCUUUUGUACUUUAAUUAAUUUCCAUCCGCAGUGACAGAUACUGAACAUCAAUUUUCGUUUUGUCCCUAAAAUCUCCAGGUUCUUUAAUAUUCUAGAAACAGUAUAUACAUUUAUAUAAUCCAGUAUGGUAAUAAUAAUUAUAGUCUCAGACUGUCUAUGUUAAAAAAACUCAAUUCUUUCAAGCAAAAAGUGCAAAAAAAAUCACUUAGGUGACUGAUUUAUUUAAAAAAAACUAUAUCGUUUGAAAAACGUUUUUGAAUUAACAGGAAGCUCAUGGCAGGUGGUUUUUAACGCCUGAAGCUUUUUCACACUUAUAUGUACAUGUAUUGUUGUCCUUUUCCUUAAAAUUCAACUCAUUAUGUUUGGAAAAACAAAGCAUUUAAGUCCCAAUAGUGACCAACAUCAAUUUUCUCCUAACAAUAUCCACACAAUGUCAAGAGAUUAGGUUAUGAGAAUUAAUUAAAUGAUCACCAAAGAGAAAAUACUUUGAUCUUUUAUCAAACUCUCUCAACUUAUUUUUUAAAGAAAUGUAUAGAGAUCAGUUUGGAGAAUUUGCUUGUGGAUAUUGGGGCUUAAAGGGGUAAGAAUCUUUAGAAAUAUACAUGCAGACUGUAAUAUUUUGAGCGAAUGGAAAUGACUUGAUUAGAGCAACAAAUCCUGUACGGACAACUCUAACACUUUUAAUCCUUUAAUCGCUUCUAAACUCUGUUAUGACUAAAUGAUCUCUCACUCUAACCUAACUUUUAAGUCUGUAGGUAAAAUUUUAGAGUAUUGCAAAUUUAAAAAUGAAAUGCCUUUGGCAGAACUUUAGCAGACUACAUUAUAUAAUUAAUUUCCUAGGAUGUUUCUGGAUAAUUUUUGUGUGUGUGAGUUUUUUCUUCAUAAUUUUCACUUCAUAGUUAAAGGAGCUGUGUCAUGGAGUGUGUCACGGAGUUCAGCCAAAUUAGGAAAUUACAAAAUGCCCGUUAAAUUAAGAGAAGCAUAAAAAUAAGCAUUUAAAACUUUAAAGGAAGGUUAAAAUAACAUUACAGAAACAACAGAUGCCAUGGAUGGACAAAACUGAAGAAGAUUGAAACGGAUUGAAAUUAGGGUUUUUGAAAACUGUUCCGCCUAACAGUUUUUCAAAGUUCAUCCCUGUCGCUUGCAACUUCAAAAAUAAUGCUCAGGAGACAUAUUUGUUUGUCACAGAUCUCUGAUUUUGUCAUUUACAUGUAAUUUCUUUGCUUACUUUAAGUUCUAUAGUGUUUGUGGCCGAGUAAUUGGCAAAAUGAAACAAAGUGAACUGGACUGCCAUGACACAGUCCCUUUAAUCCUUGGUUCUAGCAUAUCACCUUGUAAGCUGAGAGCACUUUCAAUUUGUCUGAAAUGGCCGGCCGGACCAUUGCCCAACCAGUGGGUUUGAUAAUAAAAUACACUUUUUCCAAGAGUUUUUGCUGAACAACCAUUUCCUUGGUGCAUACUACUUAGGAUUUGACUGAUCUGGCUGGAGAGAUUUGAUUAAAAUGGAAAUUCUCAUUGUGUUGGGAAUAGUUUGGCCUGUCAGUUCUGACAAAUGGAAAGCACGGCCUUGAGUCUCCUUCAGUGUUCUUCUUGAUAAAGGAGGAGAAAAGGAGGCUUUGCCUGAUCAUGUUUACCCUUUGAAGUCACCACAGCCCAAACUUCAGUCUUGAAAGCAACCAUCAGUUUAUUGAUAAACCAAUAGUCACAACUGAGCCCUCUGACUGCCAGGUGCACAGCUAUUAGCCCUGACUUUGAAACUGUAGAUACAAGGCAUGCAUGCUCAACUUAGAUCUAUCCCAGUUCAAUGCAUGCAGAGUUCUUCUUGAGUAAGCCAAAAUCAAGAAAGUGACAGGAAGAUGCUGCUUGCAGACAAGUGCUGUCAUCUGGGUCAUUUGUCCAUUCCAGUGAUUUUGUUACAAAUAGUUACGGUGAGUCCUGGGACUCAUCUUGUGAACAAAUCAUCAGUCUCACUCCAGAACCACUGUUAAACAACAGCUAUAAGAACAGCCACAGAAAUCACAAGAACAAGAUGAUCAAGUGAUCAAUCGAUCUUUGUGUCCUAUGGGACGCAUGCCAUGAACUUUUACAAGUUCAUCUUUGGGGAUUUUUAUGCCUUAGGGAAUUGAAUUAGGGAAAAUCACUUUCAUUCUGGAUCCAUCCUUGAUAGUUGCUUCAUUUCAACAGGUUGUAGACUGGUUAUAUGGGAUGUUAAUCAAGAGGGGCUUGAUGCUGUAGCAAAGGAAAUUAAAACUGCUGGUGGUGAGGUACAUUCGUACAAGUGCAAUCUGCGAGAUAAGAAUGAAAUUCAUGAGACAGCAACAAGAGUGAAAGAGGAUGUUGGUGAAGUUUCUCUGCUGGUAAACAAUGCUGGCAUUGUUUCAGGGAAGAAGUUUAUGGAUUGCACUGAUGAAGAAAUUUCAGCCACUUUUGAUGUUAACUCCCUAGCACACUUUUGGGUAAGUCUCUUUAGAAUAGUAAACAGUUUGUUAUAUUGCAUGUGUUUUGGUUCACAUUUACCCUGCAUAUAAAUGUAUUUUCCUUGUUGGGGUGGGGGGGGUAGGGUAUGGCAAUGUAUGAUAAACACAGGAAGAUAAAAUUUAAACCACUAGGGAUUAAACUGAAGCACAACAGAUACAUAUUGAUCAUAGCCUUCCAUUUCUGAGGAAACUGGCUAAAGCAUUCUUGUUAUAAUUUAAACCAGGGUUUUGUUGUCUCCCAUUAACAGUUUUGGGCUACUGAGCAAACAAAGAAAAUUCUGAUUGAGCUAGGCUGAGUAUUGGUUUAACCUGAGAACUGACUUUAUCUACAACAUACACAUACACACACUGUUUCUGUUGUAUAUCAUAAACAAUCAUGAUCCUUUUUGCAAGCAGGACUACGUUCUGUAUUGUAGUGCACCUUCAUAAACUGCUAAAAAAUUAAUGGUGUCUUGUACAAGAGUCUCAAAGACAUCUUAAGGCCAAUUUAGACGGUACAUUUUUUGCUUAUGACUAUCGUGCACAACUACAGCAUGCAUCAUGACUUCACAACAGAUUGUGUCGUGUAAAUUAGUGCCACGACAUUCGUAAGACACAUUGUGGAUGUGGUAAGUGAAAAUUGUGCACAUGUGGAUGGUAGAAAGUCAUGACAUAUGCUAGUUGCACACAAUGGCUGUAAGCAAAAAUCAUACCAUCUAAAUCAGCCUUUAUGGUACUUUACAUGUACCUGAUGUCCAUUGAUUCUAGAAGUCAGCUUACCAACAGUCUGUCUUUAAGGUGCCUUGGGGAGGGGAUGAGGGAGUGGAAAUGCUUUUAUUCUAUCUUGACCUAAUUUUCUGCCCUAGCCAUGAAGAAAAUAACUGUAUGAUCAUUUCUAAAGACCUUUUUAACAUUAUUAUUCACUAAUGACUAAUGUGAAAAUCUUACCAUGAAUAAGGACCCCGCAGUUCUACUGACAAUGACUUGUAAAGUAUCAACUCUUGCAUAAGUAUCACAGUAUUAUAACCUUUUUGUUCACUUCAAGAGUGUUCCUCCCAGUAAUUUUUCAACAGUCUAUUUGCUUGUGAAAAGAAAAAAAGAAACAGUUGAAGAAGUUGAUGUACAGGAUGACAUGCUCUUAGUACAGAGACUGGUCAAGGGGGGUUAAAUAGGACAAAGUUGAUUCAAUGACCAAACUUGAGGCACAAAUACGUACAAUAGGGAGCUUAAGCAACGAUGAUGGCGAUGUCAACAAGAACAGCAAAAGUACAAUAGGUUUAAUUUAGCAAAAAAACAACUUUCCAACAUGUUUUUUUGUACAUUUCUUUACCAUCACUGGACGACUACGACAUGAAAAUGCCUAUUUUCAUGUUUUCUUGAGGACGUAAACACAAGACAACGACUUUCUUUUUCUUUUCGUGAACUUCGAUACAGUCUUUUAGAAUUCAAAUCCAGUAAAAACAGCCAACAUUUGGCGAAUGGAACCCGAGGCAAUAAUUGCACCAAAGUUUGAAGUAGCGCAACUUCAUUUUUUAAGUGACGUUUUUGUAGCCGUCCCUCUCAUUGUUGCUUAUUAGCUCCCUAAUGUAGCAUCAUGUGCAGUGACUGCAGAUUUUACAGGGGAGAAUGACAACUACACACACUUGUGAAAGGACAGUCACACUGUACCUGAGAUCAAUAUUAGUCAAUAAGGUCAAAAUGCAGUCCAUAAUCUUUUAUUAUUACUUUUGUGUAGUUCCAAAAACUAUCCAGAUCCAGGGGCACUUUUGUUUUAGACCCCCCCCCAAUCACAGGAGAGGUUGUCAUAUCCCCCCCCCCCCUUCCCCACACACACCUCUCUGAAUUUUCGUUGCCUCCGUGGGGGAUGGAUAUUUUCUGGAAUACACAUUAAGUACAUUUGUGUACGUUUUGUACUUCACAAGACCAAACCUGGCACAGAUAUUUCUAACCUUUUCUACAAAAAAGCUAUGAUUAAAUUUUUAUAAAUUAUUUUCCUCUCUGUAGACCAUAAGAGAAUUCCUCCCAAACAUGCUUCAUCGUAAACAUGGGCACAUUGUAAGCUUAGCAUCCAUAGCUGGUAAGACUGGUCUGGCUGGUGCAGUUGACUACUGCUCAUCAAAGUUUGCUGCUGUUGGACUCAUGGAGGCAUUACGUCAAGAACUCUCAAGCAUAGGAUCUACUGGUAUUCAACUCACCACAGUUUGCCCUUCACUUAUAACUACUGGAAUGUUUGAAGGUGUUAAGUUUAGGUUGGUGACAUUAUCUUUUUCUUCAGUGACAUGUAUGUACAUGUACGUGUACACAUAAACCCAUAAAAAAAGCAUGUGAAAAAUUGACUCAGUCAGUAAGACAGUGUUUAAAUAACUAAAGAAUGACAAAAAAUGUUCAGUGAACAACAUAAUUUCGUUUUUAUUCAGUUUUACGGAUAUUUUUUUGUUUGUUUAAACAAUUUUCAAAAUUAGGUGCUGCUUCUUUCGGGAAAAAAGUAGCCUGCAUAGUAUGGCGGUUUUGGUUGGUUGCACAAACAAGCUAAGAUGGGGGCAGUGAAACUGUGAGGAGAUUGUUUGUGCUCACAUUUGUGGCUUCACCACUCAGUGGUUUGUCCGACAAAACCACCAUGCUACGCAGGCUCUAGGAAAAAAGUAGCAGACUUCUGUGAGCAAAGUAGCUGAUGCAUUUCUUCAGUCGUUGGUGCUUCAGGAUUGAAACCCCUACCCUCUAUUAACCUUAAGUCCCAAAAUUAUGUCCAUCCCUCAUUUACGCUAAAUAAAACCUAUAUUUGAAUAGUCUGCUUAAAAGCGGACUCAAGCGUCCACUCAAGAAGAUGCAGACACCUGAAAAGUGGAUGAAAUGUUUAUCUUUUUUGUUACAAACCUGUAUUUAAUGGACAAUGAUGCAAUGACCUCUAGACCAAUAAUUUUUUUAAUAAUGAUUCUGAAUGAUUAUUGGUUAUAACUGUCAACAUAACUGAUUAUAAUUAACAAUGGGUUCCGAAUGGGUUCUGAGUCAAUAGCCCAUGAGGCCAAAGGCCAAAUGGGCUGUUGACUCAGAGGCCAUGAGGGCGAGAGGAAUAAUUUUUUUUUAGUAAAACCCAACUAGUUGGUCAAAAAUAUCGAAACAAAACAACUUUAGCUAGUAAAACGCAAUUCAGCCGCCAUUGUUUGGGUUUUCAAAUCCGGCACUUUUCGCUACUAGUGAGCUAUGACAUAUAGCCUAGUAGCAGCUCAACCAAUCAGAACACAGCAUUGAUAAUAGUUGGAUUUUACUAAUGGCUGAUACACCUAACAUCCUUGAGUGAAUUAAGUGACUUCUUUGUUGUUGUUGUCUUUCUCUUUGUUUAUCAGGUUUCCCCAUUUGUUAGGAUUCGGUGUAUUAACUCCAGAGUAUGCAGCAUCAAAAGUGGUGGAUGCUAUAGAAAAUAACCAGACAAUUCUUAUAAUGCCCAGAGGAGCGUAUUUUUCAACAGCUUUACAACAGUAUGUACAACCUUUUGAUCCACAAAUAAUCUGUUACAAAUAUACAUGUCAUAUAAUUUUGUUGUGGUUCAGGUUUUUUCCUUGGCUGAAAUUUUCAAGUCUCUUUUGGUUGUUCGCACACUGUAUGGUAAUGAUGUAAACUUUCAAAUAAAGGAGAAAUUAAAUUAAUUGAACUCACCUGAUAAAAUUUAACCACAACAUACAAUCUGUACACUGAAUAAUGAAGUUUUUUUUGUCCCGGUUAAUAGUCCAUAAUAUACCCUUAACUGGGUUUCUGAAAUACAGUCGACUCCUGACAACUCAAACCUUCAAGGGAUAUCAAAAAAAGUUCAAGUUAUCGGAAGCUUGAAGCAAAUAGCCAGAAGUAAGGAAAAAACAGUUUUUACUAUACAGUGAACAUUUUAAUCACAUUUUAGGACUAGAAAAGUCGAGUGAUUUUGGAAUGAUACUUCCAGAAUUUAAAUCAGAAAUUAUAUAACAUUUUGGGUAACAAGACAUAACCUAAAUAGCAUGUGUUUUAUUACUUCUACAUGAACUCCACUGACAAACUAUAAUUAAUUUAUGCCUAGAACACGUCUGUGGGUUCCCUGAAUUCAAACUUCUGUGGUUCGGAAGCCAGAACACUGUUUUCGUUUUUUUGAAACUUGUUAACGCUCAAAACAUGGUUCCAGUUAGUCAAGGGAAAAACUAUCUAGAAAUUACUUCGAAUCAGCGGGAGGUUCGAGUUAUCGAGGAUCCAGGUUACCAAGAGUAAAAGUACAGUAAAUGCAUAAAGGAAAUCCUGCGCAAAAUACCCGAAAUCGAUUUUGGCUCGAGUCAGCGCAAGGUUCGAGUUAUCUUGAGUCGACUGUAAUGAAGACAUGAAUUUAAUAUGUUGUAACUGUGGAAUGAAGAAAUAGAUGUAAAGAAGAUCAUGACAGGUAAAGAAACAAUUAUUAUGCGGUUGCAAAAAGUUUAUUGUAGCAGUCAGCCAUUGACUAAUAUUUAGCAGAUCUCGAUUUCGAGAGGACUGGAUGGAAUAGAUGUCGUUACCAGCACAUGUCAGAUGGGUAUCAUUAGCAUACAUUUUAGGUUCUGAGCUCAAUUUGGUAAAUCAUUUAUGUAUAGAAGGAAAAAUAGAGGACCUAGUAUUGUUCCUUUGCGAACGCCGCAUUUGAGAGUGCAAGUGUUAGAAAGGGAACCGUUAACAAAGCAUUUCUGAGUGCGAUUGUCUAAGUACGAAGAGGGCCUGUGGGCGUUUCCAUUUAUUCCAUACAGAUGUAGGUUAGCAGAGGUUAGAUAAUAAAAUAUGGUGGUCGACAGUGUCAAAUGCUUUCUUAAGGUCUAAAAAGACAACGGCGUUUACGUUUCCAUGAUCGAUGUUAUAGACCCAACUAUCGUUGGUUUGUAAUAAAGCUGUAACGGAAAUGGCGAAAUCGCAAGCUACGACAGUAGCUGCGUUGUUAAUUUCCUUCAUAAUGAAUGAUGACUUUUUUCACGGAAAUAACAGGUUAUGGUACUGGGUUUUAUUUAAAUGUAUGCUUUAGGUUAUAUUUCUGACAUGUGCUCUGUUUAUUUUCUUUGAAGCAUCCUUCCAGUAGAUGCCACAGAUCUGCUUUUGAAAUUUCUUGGAGCAGAUGUUGCGAUGAACUCUUUCAUUGGACGACAAAGAAACACACCAAAAAUGUGA